UGUUUUUUAGAACGUUCUUUACAUUAAUCAAAAGGUCUCGAUGUCCACGAUGAACAACGCACUCUGGCGUUCAUCAUGACGCAGAUAGAUCACGUGGUUGACGCGAGUGUAUAUCUGCGCAGAACAGAGGAGUCACACAGCCAAACACUCAUCGCACUCUCUCACGCCACGGAUAGAAAUUGUACAAUACGAUGGAAGUUGGGAGUAUGUCCACGGAUGAACAGAAGUCGUCCAUCUCAAAGCAAUUUCGCUGCUGCUCCUCCUCGGGUGAUCCGCAGCUCCUUGGUAGCAGAGAUUCGCAGAGCUCCGGGUGCUCCAAAGUCCUACUGGCGUACAAAAACGCAUCGCAAAACCUUAACUUGUCGGGGAUCAAAGUAGGUUUGGGGAUACUUAAAGUGGCCACGUCUCAGUGGAGGCAGGACAAGAAGACGCACACAGGCGCAACCCCGAAGCAGCCGACGAACUUUGAGAACAGGUGCAAGAGUUCCCCGCUGGAUCAGCUGGCAGCCCUGCUUCUCCAUUGCCAAACGCGGCGACGGCAAAUAGGUCAGGAACCCCCACAGGAGCGCUCGUUCUCCACCAAGCCUCAGCACUGUAAGCGCAUUGUGGUUCUUGGCGCACCGCGGGUCGGCAAGACCUCCAUCCUGCGACGGUACUUGCGAGAUGGAUUCGUGGAGGAGUACCAGCCCACGUCCGAGGAUUUCGUCCGAAAACUGUUCCGCAUACGCGGGGAAACUUACCAAAUAGACAUAUUAGAUGCAUCCGGGGAGAGGGACUUCCCAGCCAAGCGGCGAUUAUCUAUUCUGACUGGGGACAUUUUCUUGCUCGUCUUCAGCGUGGAUGACAGGAACUCACUGGAAGAGGUGUGUGCUCUCAGACAGGAGAUCCUGGCAGCCAAAUCCAAACUGACUAAAUGGUCACACGAUUUGACACAGCAGAAGCUCGCCUUGGUGGUCUGCGCAAAUAAAGUCGAUCUUCAGGAAUGUGAGAGGGAAGUCUCCCGAGCCGAGGUGCUCCACGCUCUCGGUGACAACUGUGCCUACUUUGAAACUUCAGCAAAGGACAGCACCAAUCUGGAGAAAGUAUUCGAGGCUUUGGCAAAGCGUGGUGGGCUCCCGGCUGAAACUGGACCGUCACAACACCGCAAACUGUCUCUCCAUUCAUAUCAGGCCAUACGCACUGGUCCCCUUCCAGUCCAGUUGCUGGGACAUAAUGAUGCUUGCGGACUGCUGUACCCUCAGGCCCGUAGGCCGAGCUUCAGCGCUGAGCUACGACAAGUCACUGGACCACAAUGUGCACGCAAGGCAGGCAAAAGUAAAGAAAUAUGCCAAAUACAGUGAAAGACCAAUGAACAGAAAACACUGUAAAAAAAAAAAAAAAUACAUUAGACUACGUCAUUGUCGGAUCUGCAAAACUUUAUUCCUGAACAGACCGGUCGAGGAAAUA